AUGCUAAGAGCAACUUCGCGCCUAAUAAACAUCAUGGCAGCCGAACAGCAGAAGCGUAAUAUUGUCAUCAUCGGUGGCGGCAUCAUUGGCUCAACUACAGCAUACUUCCUGUCGCACCACCCAACCUUUAACAAGGAGAGAGACAGCAUCACGCUUUUAGAAGCUACUAAGAUUGCUGGUGGCGCCUCAGGAAAAGCAGGUGGUCUUCUCGCAUUAUGGGCAUACCCCAACUGCAUCGUACCGUUAAGUUACAAACUUCAUCAGGAGUUAUCCGAGAAGCAUGGCGGCGCUGAGCGUUGGGGGUACCGAGCCGUGCACUGUGGUCAGGUCGAUACGUACGGUGUUCUAGCCAAGAACAAGGGUGGCAAAGACGGUGCGAACGGCAAGAGCAAAGAUGACUCGGUCAGUCUACAAAAGCGCACGCAGAGAGCAAUUGGAUUACUACGCGCUGCCGGUGUACCGAAAGAUCUCGAUUGGGUGGCAGCGGAUGGUAUCAAGUCUUAUGAAGAGAUGGGCACGCCACUCACAACGGCGCAAGUGCACCCCUAUCACUUCACCACAAGCAUGGCGCAGCUCGCCGAAGAAAAGGGUGUCAAAAUCGUCUACGGCUCGGCCACGAACAUCGAGCAAGAAGCCGGCGCCGUAAAAUCCGUUUCAUACAAGAGCAAAGACUCAGGCGAAGAACAGAACCUCCCCGCCGACACCGUCAUCCUCACAGCAGGCCCCUGGACAAAAACAGUUUGGAAGCCAUCACCCAUCUCCGCCCUGCGCGCCCACAGUGUCACCAUCCGCCCCUCCCGACCCGUCUCCGCCUACGCCCUCUUCACCUCAAUAGACAUGCCCCGCGGCAACAGCAAACGCGGGGAGACCGUAACCCCAGAAAUCUACGCCCGGCCCAACCAGGAAGUCUACGCCUGCGGCGAGGGCGACCACCUCGUUCCCCUACCCACAUCCACAGAUCUCGUGCAAUGCGAUGAGAGCAAGUGUCAGGAGAUUUUCGAUCAGGUGUCGGCUAUCUCCGAGGAGCUGAGGGAUGGGGAGGUUACGGCGAGACAAGCGUGCUAUUUGCCUAAUGUUAGUAGGGGGAGUGGGCCGCUUAUUGGGAAGACGAGUGUGAAGGGCUUGCUGAUGGGUGCGGGGCAUACUUGUUGGGGGAUUCAGAAUGGGCCGGCCACGGGGAAGUUAUUGAGUGAGUUUGUGUAUGAUGGCGAUGUGAAGAGUGCGCAGAUUGGGAGUCUGGAUCCGAGGAAGUUUGGUGUUUAG